AUGGUACGUGCCCUCGGAGGCGACCACUGGAACUUGCCGUCGUUACGACAAGCUAUUCAACAUGAGAUAACGAUUAAGGAAGCGGAUCAGUCGGUAAACGGUGAUGAUAUAGAGCCAAAUUACACACCCACAUCAGCAUUCUUUACGGGUACAAAUCGCAACUACGCAAAUCAGAAAGGGAAAAGAUACAUAACCAAGAAGCCGUGCAUCUUUUGUCAAAGAGUUCACGCCCCAUUAGCUUGCAAAACUGUUACGGAAAUUGAAGCUCGAAAACGCAUUGUUAAGGAGAAACAGACAUGUUUCAAUUGCUUAGGAAAUCACAGAGUUGCCGAUUGCAAAUCCGAUAAAACGUGUAAAAACUGUUAUAAACGACACCAUACUAGCAUUUGUUCAAAGACUGAAACACACUUGUAUACCAAGUCGAAAGAUAGCAUUACAUCAAAACCAGAUACUGAUGCCGCAGUCGCAAGCAUGCAUUCAUCAACAUCAUUGGUUAGAUCGCAGGUAUUGUUGAAAACCGCGAAAGCACCUAUCACGUAUGACAAGACACAUUUUAACACCGCCAAUAUACUAUUCGACGAAGGAGCCCAGCGAAGCUUUAUCACUCAAGAGAUGGCCGAUUUAUUAAACCUUAGACCACACAGGAAAGAAGCGAUAACGAUAUCCGGUUUCGGUGAAUCCAACAAGAAGGUUAGAAAUUUACAAAUUGCUACUAUCUAUAUAAAAGGUCUAAAGAAUACACUUAUCCCUAUCGAAGUUCUUAUUAUACCACAGAUUGCUUAUCCGAUACAUACUUACUCAAGGAACCAGUCGAGUUUUCAGCAUUUAAAUGGAUUGAAGUUAGCCCACCCAGCUUUACAGGACGAGGAUUUUGAUAUAUCAGUCUUAGUUGGCGCCGAUUAUUAUUGGGAUAUAGUUGGAGACAGAGUAAUUAGAGGUUCCGGACCAACCGCUGUACAGUCCAAAGUUGGAUACUUGCUAUCAGGACCUAUACAAUUGAACACUAACAGUAAUAAUCAAUCAACGUCAUCGAUUAUGAACAUUUUGACCCCACACAGACUAGAAGAAUGUGAAAGACAUAAAUUUUGGGAAAUCGAAUCCAUAGGAACAGAAACAGACAGCGAAGUGAAAGCGAAAACAUACUUACAAGAAAUGACCACUUACCAAGAGAAUAACAUUCAUUUGAAAGACAAUAGGUACAUCGCCGAGUUUCCAUGGAAACAAGAACAUCCGGAGUUGCCUAGCAACGAGAUGAUCGCCAGAAAGAGAGCAUACAAUGUAAUAAACCGACUUGCUAAAGAACUAGAGAUGCUUAAGAUAUACGGUAACAUUAUCAACGACCAAGAAAAUCGAGGUUUUAUAGAGAAGCUUAAUCAGCUAACAGAUAUACUUACAAGAUUCCGCUACGGGAAAUACGCCUUAACAACUGAUAUUGAGAAAGCAUUCCUCCAGAUUGGACUAGAAGAAGAAAACCGCGAUUCCACCCAAUUUUUCUGGCUUAGAGAUCCAAGCAACCCCAAGAGUGGACUUGAGACUUACAGAUUCAAGGUAAUUUUAUUCGGAGCGACAUGUUCGCCAUUUAUUAUUAACGCUACAUUAUUGAAACAUUUAUCAACGGUUAAAAGUGCAACAGCUGAGAUACUCAAGCGAGAUUUGUAUGUAGACAACGUACUUACAAGUGUUAAUACGGAAGAAGCCGCCUUAAAUUUCUUUGAAAAAUCUAGAGAACUCAUGACAAAUGCAGGAUUUAAUUUGAGAACAUGGAAUUCAAAUAGCAAUCAACUUAGCAACGAAGCUACAAAGGAAAACGUACUUGAUACGGAUAGCGAGACGAAAAUUCUUGGGAUGCGUUGGGAUGCAAAGUCAGACAUAUUGACAUUUGCGAAAUUAAAUGAAGAUCGUAUAGAUAUUGAUAAUUCACAAGGGGCAAAGAGAGAAAUAUUGAGUAAAUCAUCGUCAAUUUACGACCCACUCGGAAUUCUUGGACCAGUGGCCGUAAGAGCUUAG